GGAAACGGAGACAGUAGCUAAGCUCACAGUGAAAAGUUUAUAAAGAUGGCUGAGUGUGACGUAGAGCUGUGUGUUGUCAUUGUUGCGGGCGAAUAGCUUCUGUAGACUUGAUUAUGCUCGGUGUUUUUAAGGUUUAAUAAACAACAACAAUAGCUCGAAUAAAUAUUGUUGAAAGCGGCAGUAUGGAGGAGUACACCACCACUGUGAGAACAUCCGGCUUCGUUCUCAGUUCAUUAAUGUUUCAUCAUCUGAACAGUGACUCUGAUGUGGAGGGAUUAUUACUCGGUGAGAGCGUUGGAGAGGAGAAGAGCAAAAUCACUGACUCGCAGACAGACCACAUACAGUUUGUGCACACAAUAAAUAUUCAGAAACACAUCACAUGCAGGAGAACUCACAGCUUCUAUAACAACGCCUGUGAAGUGGACAAAGAGAGGAUCAGGCAGGUCUUGUCCAAUCUCAAAGAGGAGAAUGUGAUUGGCUGGUAUCGCCAGCGGAGGAACACCAGUCAGCAAAUGACUUUAAAAGAGCAGUUGGUUCAUCAGAACUUGAGGAAGCUCCUGACGUAUCAGGAACUCAUUUUCUUACUGCUCACACCGUCUGAGGGAAUGUCACAAUCUACUCACCGCCUCGAGUACACAGCCUUCAUAUGGACUGGCAGUCAAUACAGUAGUAUCUCAGUCUCAGUGAGCAACCUGGGAACACUGGAGCAGCAGGAUUACUGGAGAGUCUCUGCUACAUGUCCUUCUCUGAGUCAAUGUCAAGCAAUAAAACAACACAGAUCCAAAUUCUUCUCUUCAGAGCAGGAUCUCCGAGAGGUGGAAAAAGUCAAUGACAUGAAUGACACAUUGUUAGAAGAAAUUAAGAAUGAGUGUGUAAAAGUGGAGAAGAGCGAGCGUCAAGUGGAGAAGCUACAGGCUGAGAUUUCUGAGCUCAGAGAGGCCAUCAGAGACAGGAGGACGACACAGCAAGACGGUGAAACCAAAGAAAGUUCUCACCCUGAAGAACCCAAAGAGAACAUCCUGCUGUGUUCGGCACUGAAAGCACUGUUCCCAAACACACCGUCGUUAUGCAGCCGGACUCUGAGUCUUGAGGGUUUUCCUGUACUGCACAUGUGCUGCGCUGAGGACCACGGUGUCGAUGUUCCCGCCAAAUUGCCGCUGCUCCUCAUGCAGUCUGGUCAUGGAGGCAAGAAGAAAAGGACGAACUCAGGUUCUGGGCUUAAGGGGAAACUUCAGUCACGGAAAGGUAAAAGGAGAAAGGUGGAUGCAGAGUCGAGUGAGCCAUUGUCCGGAAGUGAGUCUGACACGGAGGUGGAGGUGAGCAGCCCGAACCAGAGCAACUCCCCUGUGUUCUAGAUAACAAGAAAUAAAACACAACUGACAGGGUGGUAUGAUGAAGCAGAGUAACUGUUACUGACUUUUAGCUGAUUCCUCCCGUCCUCGAGUGAUUUAAUUCUGUUCUACAACUGCAUUUUGCCAAGCAUUAUAAUUCUUAAAAAAGUUAAGUAUGAUAUUGUUUUUAUUGUUUUGUAAGUACCUUCAAAUUUGUGGAAUGCUCUUGAAAGAAGGUACUUUCUUUUUUUUCCCUGCAAAAAAUGUUUUGUAUACAUUUUAAAUGUAUGUGUGUUUAUUUUCAUUUAUUAUAUUUUCUCAAUGUGUUCACUGUUAAAUGGAUGUGCAAAUUUUUCAUGAUUUUACUUUUUUUUAAUUAGCUGUUUUUUCU